CAGCAGAAACCAAGUAACAACAGCCCUUGGAGAAGGGUUAAGGUUUUCUUGACCACUACGGUGACAAAGACCUUAAGAAAGUUGGUACUUCUGGCCUACGCUGCCAUCAUCCUACCAUCCAGCCCAAGACGGCCCAGUCUGGACAUUAGUGCCUCCCUCUUUAUUCUUCUGAGAUCAUCCAGAUCCGCACGUGACUGUUUCUUUUCAAAUUUCACAAAUCCAGCCCUCAGAUCUUCAUAUCCUGGUUCUCAGUCUCCCUUGAAGGACAGUGACUCGUUACCAACGCAACAGCAGAGACUGCCAUCUCCAUCUCCAGCAGAUUGCCAGUUAGCCCGUGACAUUGCCUCCUCGUUUGUCUCCCUUUGUGGCUUCCUAAAUGCCCAUCUUGUUGGCCUGGGUUCAGCUGGUGGUAUGGAGGGGUGCUGCCUAGCACUGACCUGGGAGUUUGAGUGACCCACUGACCCAAUGGACAUCAAAGGCCAGUUCUGGAACGAUGAUGAUUCGGAAGGAGAAAAUGAAUCAGAGGAGUUUCUCUAUGGAGUUCAGGGGAGCUGUGCAGCUGACCUAUACCGACACCCACAGCUUGAUGCAGACAUAGAAGCCGUGAAGGAGAUCUACAGUGAGAACUCUGUGUCCAUCAGAGAAUAUGGAACCAUCGAUGACGUGGACAUUGACCUCCACAUCAACAUCAGCUUCCUCGAUGAGGAAGUCUCUACCGCCUGGAAGGUCCUCCGGACAGAACCUAUUGUAUUAAGAUUGCGAUUCUCUCUCUCCCAGUACCUUGAUGGACCAGAACCGUCAAUUGAGGUUUUCCAGCCGUCGAAUAAGGAAGGGUUUGGGCUAGGUCUUCAGUUGAAAAAGAUCCUGGGAAUGUUCACAUCCCAACAAUGGAAACACCUCAGCAACGAUUUCUUGAAGACCCAGCAGGAGAAGAGGCACAGUUGGUUCAAGGCAAGUGGUACCAUCAAGAAGUUCCGAGCUGGCCUCAGCAUCUUCUCACCCAUCCCCAAGUCUCCCAGUUUCCCUAUCAUACAGGACUCCAUGCUGAAAGGCAAACUGGGGGUACCAGAGCUUCGGGUUGGGCGUCUCAUGAACCGCUCUAUCUCCUGCACCAUGAAGAACCCCAAAGUGGAGGUGUUUGGUUACCCUCCCAGCCCCCAGGCAGGUCUCCUGUGCCCUCAGCACGUGGGCCUCCCUCCCCCAGCACGGACCUCUCCUUUGGUCAGUGGUCACUGCAAGAACAUUCCCACUCUGGAGUAUGGAUUCCUCGUUCAGAUCAUGAAGUAUGCAGAGCAGAGGAUUCCGACCUUGAAUGAGUAUUGUGUGGUGUGUGAUGAGCAGCACGUCUUCCAGAAUGGUUCCAUGCUAAAGCCAGCCGUCUGUACUCGUGAACUCUGUGUUUUCUCCUUCUACACUCUGGGAGUCAUGUCGGGAGCUGCAGAGGAGGUGGCCACUGGAGCAGAGGUGGUAGAUCUGCUGGUGGCCAUGUGCAGGGCAGCUUUAGAGUCCCCUAGAAAGAGCAUCAUCUUUGAGCCUUAUCCAUCCGUGGUGGACCCCACUGAUCCCAAGACUCUGGCCUUUAACCCUAAGAAGAAGAAUUAUGAGCGACUUCAGAAAGCUCUGGAUAGUGUGAUGUCUAUCCGGGAGAUGACCCAGGGCUCCUAUUUGGAAAUCAAGAAGCAGAUGGACAAGCUGGAUCCCCUGGCCCAUCCUCUUCUGCAGUGGAUCAUCUCUAGCAACAGGUCACACAUUGUCAAACUACCUCUCAGCAGGCUGAAGUUCAUGCACACCUCACACCAGUUCCUCCUGCUGAGCAGCCCUCCUGCCAAGGAGGCUCGGUUCCGGACCGCCAAGAAGCUCUAUGGCAGCACCUUUGCCUUCCAUGGGUCCCACAUUGAGAACUGGCAUUCGAUCCUGCGUAAUGGGCUGGUCAAUGCAUCCUACACCAAACUGCAGCUGCAUGGAGCAGCCUAUGGCAAAGGCAUCUACCUGAGCCCCAUCUCCAGUAUUUCCUUUGGAUACUCAGGAAUGGGAAAAGGACAGCACAGGAUGCCCUCCAAGGAUGAGCUGGUCCAGAGAUACAACAGGAUGAAUACCAUCCCCCAGACCCGAUCCAUUCAGUCCAGGUUCCUGCAGAGUCGGAAUCUAAACUGUAUAGCACUUUGCGAAGUGAUUACAUCUAAGGACCUCCAGAAGCAUGGCAACAUCUGGGUCUGCCCUGUGUCCGACCAUGUCUGCACACGGUUCUUCUUUGUAUAUGAAGAUGGUCAGGUGGGCGAUGCCAACAUUAAUACUCAGGACCCUAAGAUACAGAAGGAAAUCAUGCGUGUGAUCGGAACUCAGGUUUACACAAACUGAGGGGGCCCCAGCCCUCGUGCCACCCUGUUCCCCCAGGAUCCAUCUGCCCUUAUGGAAGGGCUCUCAAGAGCAGUAGGUGAGGCUGCCCUGAGGAAUCGAGGGGCCAUUACCAAGGGACAGGAAAAGGAUAGAAGAGGUGGCCUCAUGGUUGAGACUGACACAGGAGCCACUCCACAUGGAUGGCCCAGACUGACCCCAACCCUGGUUCUCCCAGUUGACAUCACCCUGUUUGUAAAUAAAACAAUAAAAUGGAAGGUGCUGUGGAUUGGA